CCACCGCCCCGCCCCCGGGGGCGAGCGGCGGGCCCGGCCGCCACCUGCCGCACACCCGUCCGCCGCUCCGAGCUGCCGGGCUCUGCCCUCCCUCCCUCCAUCCGUGCCGCGGAGGGAGGAGCGGCCGCACUUCCCCGUGGGACAAGGAGAGCGCUCCCGCAGGAGCCCGAGAUGGCGGACAGCGCCGCCGCCGCGGUGAAGGGCGGCUCGGCGGGGCCGUGGUGGAAGUCGCUGACCGGCAAGAAGAAGCAGAAGGAAGCGGCGGCCGCGCCGCCCCCCGCCGGCGAGGCGCCCCCCGCCGCCCCCCCGAGCCCCGGCGGGCGGGACGAGCAGCAGCCGCCCCCGUUCGGCGGCGAGGCGGCGGGCGGCGGCAGCCGGAGGAGCCUCCGCGUCUCCCACUCGGGACGCUUCAAGGAGCGGCGGAAGGUGCGCACCUCGCUGCUGGCCGACAGCCCCGAGGUCUUCGACGGCGCCGCCCGCGGGGGCGAGUAGCCCCGCAGCCGGGCAGGUGGAGCCUCGGGGGAGGCGGAGGUGCGAGGCAGCGGCUCGGACAUGCUGCGGCGCCGCCGGAGCGGCCGGGCGGGCGCGGGAAACACGGCCGAGACUCGACCCCAGACGACGGGACGAUGGGAUUUGUCUUCAAAUCACCCCGAUGAACGCCCCCGGUCCCGGCGCUGCGGGCUCAGAGGUGCUGCCGCAGGGUUCUGCGCCUUCCCCCAGCCACUGACUGCUCGGAACUGUGACCCAGCUCCUCUCGGCUCCGCGGCCGAGGGGGUGCUGUGCUGCUCUCAUCUCACACGCUACCUUAUCGAAGGAAGGGGGGAACAAAGUGCUCUUAUCUAAUUUCAGGACCGAAGACCUCCAGCCAUGCCACGGGUCCUGAGGGGUUGUGCCUCAUUAGCAGGCACACCGUGAACCCAUCCUUCUUCUCCCCAGAGGGGUCAAGAGGGGUACCGUGGGGAGCAAGUGCUCGGAUUUGCCCGUGCCCCACAUCACAUUUACAUUUAAAUAUGCAAAAAGCCGGACCAUGCUGGCUUUCUCCCCCUUCUUACUGUUUUAUGGUAAGCAGGUGCUUCAGAGGUUGGUCUCCUGUAGCUCUGCUACAGCAGGAGGCCGGUUGUUGUCUAGCAGUUCACGCUGUUUACCCUGGAAACACAUAACUUUUGCAUAAUUGGUGAUAACUGGCACAAUGAAGCUUCAAUGAAGAAAUUGUGUAGUAAAAUGUAAAUACUUCUUGGGGAGACGAGGACAGCCCUGGAGACCAUAGGCAGGGUGGUGGUACUCCUAAUGUGGAAACAGGCUUGGGCACCGCUGGAAAUAUUCUUUACUGUUUACUGUGUCUGAGGCUUGUGAAGCAAGUUUAAAGGUUCCCAGGAUUUCUUUUGAUACAGAGAUAAUGUGCUUUAGCUCGGGCAACUAGCUGCUCCCACGAAGAGCUCCUAGAUCUUUGGACAAAGCCAGGUUAUAAACCAGAUUUGUACUGGUGGUGUGCCUUACAGAGCAAACUCAGCUAAAACACUUGUCGAUUACACAUUUCUUGAGAGUAGGUGAUGUAGCAAUAACUGAUGUAUUUAUUUUCAGUACAUUAACAAUAUACUUUAUAUUGUUAUAAUGUUUCUAGACUUUUCCUGAAUGUGAUAUAAGAUAUUACAUAGUGGCAGGGACCGAAAAUUAUUUCCUAGCAGUCAGGUAUUAUGCAGUUCUGAUUUUGUUUCGUAGUAACUAAUGAUUUAAGGUCAACUAAAAAUAAAAAGUGACCUGAAAGCAAACAAGAGCUGAGUUCCAGGUGAAAUUAUAGAUUAAACCAGUUGCUGAUGAUCACUGAACAAUGCAGUAGGUGCUGGGCAAGUGCCCCAUGGUUCAAUGUGUGUAAUAAUAUAUAAUUUGAAAUUUGAAAGCUCCUGUGUGAUAAACUCGGACAACCUAGCUGGCUUAGGUACUUACUGGUCCUUCACUCAGCUAUUCCUUCAGACUCUGAAAUGCAAGGACCAAAGGACUGUAUCAUGAUAGAUCAAUUUCCAUAAAAGCUUUUUACCACCCAAUGUGCAGACAUAUGCUUUUUUUAUUUCGUUUAGUAAAACUACAAGGUACUGAUUGGUUUUGGACUGCCAUUUUAUGUUCCUGACUAUGUGCUGACCAAGCAAAGAGCUGGGAGGAUUGAUGGGGGGAGCUCUUAAAAGUUUCUCUUCAGAGGCGCUUUUUGUAUGUGGAGCCUCUUCAGUCAAGGGGCAUCUUAAAUCCUGUCAAGGAGAAGCAAUUGGAGCAAACCCAGCUUUACAUGAUGGAGUGUGAAAGAGAAAGAGGAAGUUUAAAAGCUGGGAAUGGAGAGGUGGAUGAAGAACCGUACUUCAGCUACAGUUAGUUGAGGCGGGGAGGGGGCAAAGGGACACACAAAAGGAGGCAGAAAGGGGUGGCUUUGGUGCCAGGGUUGCAAUACUACCUUUGGAAGACAACGUGUUCAUAUUUAUUUAUUAUGGGGAAAAAAAUAAUCUGCCUAUAUUUAUGUAUUCUAGGGCCCAAAGGACAAUGUGUGCGUGUGAAAAUGCAGUUUUCUCUCUCUUGUACCUCCGACCUACCUCUUUCUACCUGGAACCUCUGCCCCUUGGAAACAUCUCAUGUUUAUUAGUUGCAAAUCUUCUCCUGGAUACAAGAUAGCUACCAAUUUGGGGUUUAUUUGAGAAGAAGUCUGCUGUGCUGUUCAGAUAGCUGCUGUUAAGGUUCAAUAUCAAUACUGGUUAAUAUGUGACUAAAUAUUAGCUGUGUCUUAAUCCUUGUGUGUAGUGGUUCAGCUUGGAAAUUUGGUCAGAAUACAAAGUCAAUAAAUGCACAUAAAAUUACUUCCUCACAGCUAUCCUCCAUCUUUAUCCUGACCUUGAGCUGUGGGAAGGAGAUGUAAUUCUAUCUUCCUGCUCAGUCAAAUCCUUGCUUCAAUGAAUUUGAUAGCAGCCACUGAAAAACUAGAUCCAUGAGAAAACAAGUUGACUGCCUCUGUUCACUUUCCCCGCCCUCUGUGCAAGGACCGCACAGCAAUAGUUGUCCUGACUAAUAGGUUAGUCCUGACCCACGUGCUACAGCAAGGAGUGAGAAGCCCCAUUUGCUAUAACCAGCUUGCAGCACAGAAAUAGUCCUCUUAUUUCUCAGUCUAAGCAUCAAAUAAAGCUUUAAGCAAUCUAUACAUGUGGCAAUGAAUUAAGCUGGUACAGAAAAAGACUGCAUUUUAUGUAUGGAGCACCUAAGAAUUUUUUUUAACCCUUGAAGUGGAGAAAGUUCAACUUUUCUUUUGUAUUGGAGCAUACUUGUUCAGUUAUAAGAAGAGUACGUUUCUGUGCAUUGAACUAUUAAAAGGGCUGUCCAUAUUCUUAAUACAGGUAUUUUCCUCAUCUCCUUUAGAAAGAUCAUGCAUCAGAAAGUAAGUUUAGGAAAUGGGGUGGCUGAGAAAUUAGUUGUUGUUUGGUUUUGAAAGCAAGCAGUGACAUAUUGAGAAAAUAAAUGGAAAUAAGCAGAAAAGAUUCAAUCUCAGCUAGGUCAGUUGUAGUGCAAUUUUCUUAAUAUUAUUCCAAAUACCACUAAGGAUUGCAGGUUUGAGGCAAAAAAAUAAAUAUUUAGUAAAUAGAGUGAACUUUUCAAAUAAACUUGCAAAGUACAUGCCUGCUUAUUCCUGCACUUCGCCAAACUAAAAAUAAAUCUCUGAGAAACUGUCUGGUGAAUCAUUCCCUGCUAUUGUAGGCUGGUCAGUCUGGACCUCAACAAAGAUUAUAGGGAGCACCUGCAGAAAAUUAUCCUAAACUGGAAACACUGGAAAAAAUGCCUUGAAAGCCUCAAGACUUCUAACCUUAGAUGUUAUAUACGGGUAUGACUUAGACUGAACUGAAAGAGUGGAGAGGGGGCUUGGCUGUUUUGGGAAGGAGAGGGGGCUUCACAUGUUUUUGGGCUUUGUUGUCUGGGUUUUUUUUAAGUUCUGUCUUCACUGUAGUGCAACCAAUGAUAAUUUUAUAUUUGAAAUAUAAAGUCUCUUGCCUAUUAACAAGAUUAUGUUAUACAAGGACUAAAAAUGGGAAGGACAGAACUCCCAGUCUUGGCGUGUCUGGUGCAGCUGGAUGCUUCCCUUGAAAGCCCAUGUUUAAUUUAGCUCAUUCAAACAUCUGAUAUCUAACUGGGAGAAAAGCUGUUUCAAGUGCUGGUACAAAUUGGCAGCUCAUUUUUCCGCCUUUUGGGAUCCUACCUGGUAGGGCAAAAGAAAGAAAGCCAAACCUGCUAUUUUCAGAGAUGUCUUUUAAAAGCUUGUGUGAGAGUGUUAAUUAUAGAAUGAUAUUUGAGACCAUAUAAUUACACCAUUUUGAAAAACAAACCUUUCCCCUUCAUCACUAAUUUAUUGUAAAUAGGAUGGAAGACCUGCUGGCUGUGAUUUUUUAAUUUCAGUAUAAAAUGAAAAGAAUAAAGUUGCUCAAUUUUA